GAUUUUUCAUAAACACAUAAGUUUAGAAACCUCGACUCCGUAACCUCAUCGGUACUAUAAAAGUAGGCCUACUUGUCCCCAAAGUCCAACUUCUCACUCACGAAUUACCUAGUCCACAGAAACAACAGCCACGUCACAACCAUCCAUACCUAAAUCUACUCCAUCACAAACCAUGACCGACCUCACCGGCCGCAAACCCGAGCUCGAUCCAACACCUCCUAUACCCCGUCCCGCCGAACCCCCAACCACUCCUCCCCCAUCUAACCUCCACUACACCCCCCUCCGCAUCCCCAAGUCCCCCACCCACCUCCCCUUCCUCGCCGCCGCUCUCCGCACCGCCCGCCUCGCCGCCCUAACCGCCGAGCCCUCCUCCUUCGCCACCACCUACGCCGCCGAAGCCACCCACCCGCUGUCCGUCUGGUCAGGCCGCCUCUCCGCGCCCGAAGCCAACGACUUCGCCGUCAUCACGACCCCUGUCCCUAUCACCCCGCUAAAAGAUGAGGAGGAAGACGCAGUGGUCGACCUCCUGCUGAACAGCGAAUGGGCCGGCAUGAUCGCCCUCCGCGGCUCGACGCCGUACUCCGACUACUUCAUCCCCGAAAGCGGCCAGCACGUCGAGCAGUCGGGCGAGACGCGAUGGCACCUCAACGCGCUGUACACGGCGCGGGCGCACCGCGGGCGGGGGCUCGCGAAGGUGCUUAUGGGCACCGUUGUGGACUACGCGCGGGCGCGGUCCGGGCCGGGGGAGAAGGCGCGGGUACGGCUGUUCUGCACGGAGAAGAUGGUGGGGAUGUAUGCGCGGGCGGGGUUUGCGCGCGUGGGCGGGUGCACACUCGCGGAGGCGUUUGUGGCGAACGGAGAUCCGGGGGGCGUGCCGGGGGAUGCGGGGGCGACGGAGGCGGGGAGGGGGCGGUGGCAUACGCGGUAUGGGGUUGUGAUGGAGGUGGUGGUAGAUGCUGUACAUCCGCUCCUGCACCCCGUUGCUCCAGUACGUGUAGUACCCCGACGACACGCCGAUCCAGAUGUAGUAGUCGCCGGUGCAGUCGCGCGUCCAGGGGUAGCCGUGGAUGGAGGUGCUGCGGAGCGCUAUGUUUGUCGCAUUCCUACAGCGGAUGAGUUUGGUGGAAGUGGGAUGAAGGGAGAGUGGAGGGGGAAGGGGUGCAACGCACGUGAUCUCGGCUUCGCCGUCCAUCAGCACGCGGACGAGAUGGCCGGCAUGCUAUGGGCUAGAGGGCAGAGCUGCGGCAUAGGUGGGGGAGAAGAGGAGGGCGGAGAGCGCCCCUAGCAGUGCUAGGAAGCGCGGGGAGGGAAGCAUCGCGACUGAGUUUCCACUGCUUGGUACGAGAGAUUGGGAGAUUGGGAGAUGUUGGUUCUGUGUUGGAUGGCUCAGCGGGCUUUAUAUAGUAUAUAACUGAGAUCCUCGACUUGCUCGGUUGUACAUACGAUCAAACAGCUCGUCUAGGAGCUGAGAUGUGGGGCUGUGGGGACGUGGUCAGCGUUAGAAGAGGUUCCACGAUGACAUCCGAGGAAGUUGGUAGCGGUGCUCCCAGAUUCUCUUCAUGGCCAUGCUCUCAUCGGGACCAAUGUGUUGAGAGUCUGUGGGCCGGUUGUCAAAUUGUCGUCUAGUGAGU